GAAAGGUGCAGGUUGAAUCAAGAGAGGCGUAAGAAAGAAAUAAAUAAUUUUAACGUCCACAGCCGUAUGUACACAGUCUUGUACUAUAUUUCUCACAAAAUCAGUGGGAAAACGCUUAAACCGAUGAAAUCUGUCUUAUCUGUCAAACAUUUCAUACGACCUGGUAUUAAUGGCGGCUGUUUUAUUUUGGACACGAGGAAACUAAAGAAAACAACAAGCUCAGAUGCCCCCAGAGUUCCGGAAAUGCUAUCUGGAAUUACCGAUGUUAAAGUCGGCGUGUAAAUGAAGUCGGUUUGCUGCGCCUAUUUGGUUCCCAUGACAUUGAGACGGAAAUGAAUAAUGUUGGGAACCUGCAUGCCCGUUUUAAAGGCUGAUAAACUCAGUUGUAUUUUGGGAUAUGUUUAAUGCAUAAAUUAAUGGUUUUAGUUAACGGCUCUACAGGCAUCUUUAUCUGGUUGAAGUGAAGAAGAAGUGAGGGCAGCGAUGAGUACAGCCGACAUGGAAUUGGAAGAGGACGUGUUUAUCAUUCAUAAGCACGAAAAUCCUGAAAGAUUAAAGAAAUGGAGACAAGCAACAUUGGUUCUGAAUGCUACACGCCGGUUCCGAUACACACUAAACCUGGAGGGAAAAGAAGAGGCAAGAAAUGUGCCUUCAAAAAGGGUCAGGGCAAGCACUCAAGUCAUACGGGCUGUUCAACGUUUUAGAGAAGCUGGUGCUAGGGCUACAAAUGAAUCGCCACCACCAAAUGGCUUUGGAGUGGGACCAAGGAAACUGCACAAUUUGAUUGAAGGGCAAGAGCUGAACUUUUUGCAACAGCUUGGUGGGGUUUCAAGUAUUGCUAAAUCGCUAAGAUCUAAUUUGGAAGAUGGACUAAAUGAGGAUGUUGAUGACAUGAUAUUGCGGAAGGAACAUUUUGGGGAGAACAAUUACCCAAGAAAGCAUCGAAAAAACUUUUUUGUCUUUGUAUGGGAAGCUGCUAAGGAUACAACACUUAUUAUUUUAAUGUUUUGUGCGGCAGUCUCUCUAAUAACUGGGAUGACUUCUAAAGAUGAAGGUAUCACAGAGGGAUGGUAUGAUGGAACAAGCAUAACAAUUGCCAUAUUAAUAGUUGUUUUUGUGACAGCCAUAAGCGAUUAUAAGCAAUCAUUGGAAUUUGAGGUUUUAAAUAAUGAGAAAAAAAAUAUUAAUGUUCAGGUUGUUCGGAUGGGUCGGACAAUCAAGGUUUCAAUAUUUGACCUAGUUGUGGGAGAUGUUGUAUCAUUGAAUAUUGGAGACCAGGUUCCUGCAGAUGGAUUGCUUAUCAAAGGGCACUCACUUUCCAUUGAUGAAUCUAGUCUUACUGGUGAAAGUGAACCGGUACCUAAAGAUUCAAUGCACCCAUUUCUUUUGUCUGGGUGUAAAGUUGCAGAUGGUUAUGGAUUGAUGUUGGUGACAGGUGUUGGCUUGAACACUGAAUGGGGUCAAAUAAUGGCUGCUAUAACUGAAGAUACAGGAGAAGAAACUCCUUUGCAGGUUCGUUUAAAUGGAACUGCUACUUUCAUUGGGAAGGUUGGAUUAGUUGUUGCAGCUCUAGUUUUUGUUGUGCUUUUCAUACGCUACUUUACAGAUGAGUACAGCAAAAGCAAAAAGGCAAAUGAAGUAGCAUCAAGCUUAUCACAGAUAUUUGCCAUUGCUGUUGUAAUUGUUGUGAUAGCUGUUCCUGAAGGCCUUCCACUGGCUGUAACUCUCACGUUAGCAUACUCAAUGAGAAAAAUGAUGGAAGAUAAAUCUCUGGUCAGACAUCUCUCAGCUUGUGAGACAAUGGGAUCUGCAACAAUAAUUUGUAGUGAUAAAACAGGAACUCUAACACUAAAUGAGAUGACAGUUGUGAGAACUUGGGUUGCUGGAGUAUUCAGGGAAACUAAAGACAUAAGAAUGUUUCAUGAUAAUGUGACUGGAAUCCUCAUUGAAGGGAUUGCUCAAAACUGCACUGGCAUGGUUUCUUCUCUCAAGGGAAAGGACCCAGAAGUAUCCGGAAGUGCAACUGAGAAGGCCCUCUUAACUUGGGGACUUCAGAUUGGUAUGGAUUUCAAGAGCGUCAGAUCACAAUCUACUAUAUAUCAAAUGGAAGCAUUUAACUCGAUAAAGAAGAGAGCAGGGAUAGCCCUAAUUUUAUCAAAUGGAGAUGCUAGAGUUCAUUGGAAAGGAGCAGCUGAAGUGAUAUUGGACUUAUGUAAUACUUAUUUGGAUGAAGAAGGAAGAGUUGUUAGACUAAAUAAUGAAAAGGUUAGAGAAGUAAUUAGUGAGAUGGCUGCCAAUAGUCUUCGGUGUAUAGCAUUUGCUUACCAAAAUUUGAAUAACACAUUGCUGCCAAACACUGAGGAGCAUAAAGCAACUUGGAAAAUUCCAGAUAAGGAACUCACAAUUAUUGCAAUUGUAGGCAUAAAGGAUCCUUGCAGACCUGGAGUUGCAGAAGCUGUUUCUAAAUGUAAAGUAGCCGGAGUGAAGGUUUGCAUGGUAACAGGGGACAACCUUAUUACCGCAAUUUCUAUUGCUCGAGAAUGUGGCAUAUAUACAGGAGAUGGGUUGGCAAUAGAAGGCUCUGAGUUCCGCAACUAUAACAAUGAAGAAAUGCUUAAGAGCCUGAAAAAUCUACAGGUCUUGGCCCGGUCUCUUCCAUCUGACAAGCUGCUAUUAGUUCAAAAGCUCAAAGAAAAUAAUGAAGUAGUUGCAGUAACUGGGGAUGGUACAAAUGAUGCACCGGCACUCCACGAAGCUGAUAUUGGUCUUGCAAUGGGAAUCGCGGGAACAGAAGUUGCAAAGGAAAGCUCUGAUGUCAUUAUCUUAGAUGACAAUUUUUUAUCAGUGGUCAAGAUGGUGCGUUGGGGACGUUCAGUUUAUGCAAAUGUUCAGAAGUUUAUCCAAUUUCAAUUAACAGUCAAUGUUGCAGCUUUAGGAAUCAAUUUUGUUGCAUCUGUGUCCAAUGGUAACGUGCCUCUAAAAACAGUACAGAUGUUAUGGAUAAAUUUGAUUAUGGACACACUAGGGGCACUUGCACUAGCAACUGAACCUCCAACUGAUGAUCUUAUGCAAAAACCUUCGAUUGGGCUUAGGGAUCCUCUUGUUACAAAUUUAAUGUGGCGAAAUAUUCUUGGCCAGGCUUCUUUCCAACUUACAGUGCUGUUAACUCUCUAUUACAAAGGAAUUGAUCUGCUGAGGUUGGAUGGAACAAAAGACAGAAAAGAUAUCCUCAGAGAUACCAUCAUUUUCAAUACCUUUGUGUUUUGCCAGUUAUUCAAUGAAAUCAAUGCACGGAAGCCAGAAGACUUCAACAUCUUCACAGGGAUGCUCAAAAAUCAUAUGUUUAUCUGUGUUACUGUUCUCAGUGCCAUAUUCCAGGUUAUAAUGGUUGAAUUCCUGAAUAAAUUUGCUAAAACAACAAAACUUUCUUGGAAAUACUGGCUUUUCUCUAUAGGAAUCGGAUUUCUGAGCUUGCCAAUUGGAUAUCUUCUCAAGCUAAUUAAUGUACCAAAGAAACCAUUCAUAACCACCCACAAAGUCAAGAGGAAGCGUAGAAGCAGAGAAGAUCCAAAUCCAUGUCAGCAAUAUUCCAACGAACAGCUUGAUAUUGAACAACCUACAGAUUAACAAGAAGGCAACCAGUUAAGGACUCAGAAGUGUUGCAUCUUAUGAACAUUUGCAUGAAGGCCAUGAUUCUACCACAUAAAUGGUCCAGGAGAUAUAAGAACAGCCGGUGUUCAAGUACUAGACUUUGUUUGAAAUGUGGAAUGCUCAUUAGUUAGUGUAAGUUUAAUGGAAAUAUGUUGGGUAUUUCAUAGCAAGAUUGCCCAGUGAUUAUGGACUUACACUCAAAUUCCUUAACACAAGUGCUUGCUAUUGUUCAAAGCAAUGGAUUUGUGCGAAACUUUGAGAAGCUGUCCCGAUGGUUUAUUUUAGCACAUUAAAGCAAUAACACUACAGUGCUUGCUUCAGUGUACACUAUUCUUUCCACUUCUUUGAUAUUUUAUAUUGUACCCACAUUACAAAAUUUGUACUUUACAUUAAAAAAAAUUGUAUUUGGGCAUUCAUAGAAAAGGCCUUUCAAAUUCCUGCUUUA